AUGCCAACUUCUAAUGGUGCUCAGUUAGUAGCCCGCGCUCUCAAAGACCUGGGAGUGGAGGUUAUAUUUGGUCUGGUUGGUAUACCGGUGGUGCAAGUUGCGGAAGAAGCAAUUGCUGUAGGAAUACGGUUCAUUGCAUUCCGAAAUGAACAAGCUGCAAGCUAUGCUGCCACAGCAUAUGGGUACUUGACAGGACGGCCUGGAGUUUGCCUCGUUGUCGGUGGCCCAGGUGUGAUUCAUGCAAUGGCAGGCAUAAUUAACUCAUCUGCCAACGCCUUUCCAAUGCUUUUACUAGCAGGCUCGAGCGAAACUCAUUUGAUCACAAAAGGAGCUUUUCAAGAGCUUGAUGCUAUUUCUCUUUUGAGUCCGCAUACGAAAAUCGCAAUACGAUCGAACCUCGAUUCAAUAUCACAUUCGAUUACGGCAGCUUAUAGAACGCCUAGAGCAGGUUUCGUUGACUUGCCCGCAGAUAUUAUACAAGGAGAAGGAGAAAACAUAUCAACACAGAUAGUGCCUGCUGCGCGACGAGCCGCAGGAGAUGCGGAAAGUAUAACAAAGGUUGCACAACUAUUAAAGUCUGCAAAAGCACCCCUUGUUAUUGUUGGAAAAGGUGCCGCAUACGCGCAAGCCGAGUCUGUAAUUCGACAAUUGAUCGACCAGACCAAUAUCCCUUUUCUACCAACUCCUAUGGGAAAGGGAGUUUUGCCCGACUCUCAUCCAUCCAACACAGCAACAGCUAGAUCUGCAGCACUUAAAGGUGCCGAUGUCGUUCUCGUUCUUGGUGCACGACUCAACUGGAUACUCCAUUAUGGCGAAGCACCAAAAUACAAUCCGAAUGUCAAGAUAAUUCAGGUUGAUAUAUCUGCGGAAGAAAUCGGAAAAAACAACGGUCACGCCAAACUUGGAAUAAUUGGUGAUAUUAAUGUGGUGGUAAAACAACUAAGUGAUUCUCUACAGGGCUGGAAAUAUGAUACAUCUUCAGUAUACAUAAAGGAACUGAGAGCAAGUAGAAGCAAAAAUGAAGCAGCCGCUGCUGCAACUGCGAAAGUUGAUAAAUCACCAAUGACAUACGGUCGAGCUUUUGAUGCCAUCAAGGAAACCAUUCACAAAUUAUCUCCACCAAAAAAUGGUGGCGUAGUUUAUGUAUCUGAAGGCGCAAACACCAUGGAUAUCUCACGUAGUGCAUUUCCCGUAGAGCAUCCACGAUUGCGUCUUGACGCUGGAACUCAUGCCACAAUGGGUGUCGGUCUGGGAUAUGCCAUUGCAGCUCAUUGUGCGUAUAAUCUACCGUCACGAGAAGCACGAAGCGGAGCAAACUCUUCCCACAAAAAGAUUAUUUGUUUAGAAGGCGAUUCUGCUUUCGGGUUCUCAUUGGCAGAGGUUGAAACAAUGGCGCGGUACAGUAUGGAUAUUCUUAUCUUUGUUAUGAAUAAUGGUGGGUUGUAUCAAGGUGAUAGCGAAAGCUCAGAUGAGUGGUUGAAGCUGCAAAAGAACAGUGAAAUGGGUUCCAAGGGAGGCUUACGUAGUACAAGUCUAGGAUGGGAAGUUGAUUAUCAAAAAGUUGCAGAGAUGUGUGGUGGGAAAGGAUUCCUAGUCCGUAGUCCUGACGAGCUUUCAAAAGCUACUGAAGAGGGGUUCAAAGCGAGUGUGCCAGUGAUCAUAAAUGUUAUCAUAGAAGCGGGAGCACAGAAGACUUUGGAGUUCGCAUGGCAGCAAGAUUCGAAGAAGUGGUCAAACAAAGCAAAGCUGUGA